AUGGAUCUUGCCGACCUACAAGAACGAUCAAAAUGGUCAGAGUAUACAUCCACCGGCAUACACGCGCAACCAGGAUUUGUCUUCCCCCUGGCUUCCAUCACAAAUGCCGGAGAUAAUGAUUGUGCAUUGGAUCCGAGUACACCUGAGUCUAUCGAUAUCUUGAAGUUGCAAGCUCAAACCGGCCUUGAUCAAGGUCAGUGUCAGGGACUUGUCGCAGCUCUCACACGAGAGUAUGCCCUCAUCCAGGGCCCGCCAGGCACCGGCAAGUCUUUUCUGGGUGUUAAGGUUGUUCAAUCUCUCCUGGAAAUCAAGCAAAAUGCAAUUCUAGGCCCAAUCAUUGUGAUUUGCUAUACCAAUCAUGCCUUGGACCAGUUCCUGAAGCAUCUUCUCGAGGUCGGUAUCGAGAAGAUCGUACGCAUUGGUGGCCGAAGUCAGGCCACUGAGCUUGAAGGCAAGAAUCUUCGCGUUGUCACCAAAGAUAUGGGGAAAACAAGAAUAGAGUCAAAAACCCUCGGCAUGUCCUACAGCGAAGUUGAUGACUGUAUGAAGAGUGCUGGGUAUGCAAUGAAACCUCUGCACCAGUCUCAGAAAGGCUUGUCUUGGGUCACGAUGGAGCCCUUCUUGCGCCGCAAAUGGCCCAUUAUACAUAAACAACUGGAGCGACCAGAUACGGAAGGAUACACAACGGUCACGGAUGAUAAAUUACUCAACUGGCUAGGGGUCAAAUCUAUGAAAGCACAGAAAUACCAGAACGAGGGUGACAUUGACGACGUGCGCUUAGAAGGCCUCACACACGCGGCCCAGGAGAAUAUCCACGGUGUCCCAAUACCGGACCGCCGGAUACUUGCAAUGAGCUGGUUCAAACAGUGGCAGGAAAACGGAGCCGCCGCGCUUUUUGAGGCCCUUGAUCGAGCUGCAAAUCUUCGUGAGGACAUCAAUUCAGUUCAUGAAGAGAUCAACCGCCGAACCCUGAUCCAAGCAGAUGUGGUAGGGAUCACGACAACAGCUCUUGCACGCCAUAUUGAGACACUACGCCGCAUAGGAGCAAAGGUCAUUAUAUGUGAGGAGGCAGCCGAGGUGAUGGAAGCCCAUGUCAUCUCAGCGCUCAUGCCAGGCGUAGAACACUUUAUUCAGAUUGGAGAUCAUCGACAGCUCCGGCCCCAGAUUCAAAAUCAUGCGCUCAGUCUCGAAUCAUCCACAGGAAAGAAGUGGCAACUAGACAGGAGUCAGUUUGAGAGACGCGCUGUCGGUGAGCCCGGUCUCAAGCCUGCUCCUAUAGCACAGCUUAAUGUACAGCGAAGAAUGAGACCGGAAAUAUCGCAACUAAUCAGGAGAGUCUACCCAAAACUCGAGGAUCAUGAAAGCGUGAAGACUCUACCCAAUGUUGUUGGAAUGCAGGAUAACCUCUUUUGGUUGGACCAUCGAUACGACGAAGACUCGAGAGAUGACGGAAGCCGUGUGAAGUCUCAUAGCAACCAGUGGGAGGUUGAUAUGGCUACUGCUCUUGUUCGACAUCUCGUUCGACAGGGAGAGUAUAAGAGCACAGACAUUGCCCUCUUGACUCCCUAUACCGGGCAGUUGCGAAAGCUCAGAUCAUCGCUCAGCAAUGAUUUUGAGAUUUGUCUCAGCGAGCGAGACUUGGAAACCUUGGCCGCGGACGGGUUCGAUAAGACCGAAGAUAAGAAUCCCGAUGAAGACCCCAAAGAGAAUGGCCGCAAAGCGAUCGAGAAGAAGACGUUGCUUCAGACUCUCCGCCUUGCUACCGUCGACAACUUCCAAGGCGAGGAGGCUAAAGUGAUCAUUGUCUCUCUAGUCCGCAGCAACUCAAAGCGCAAGGUUGGCUUCCUACGCACUGAAAACCGCAUCAAUGUGCUCCUCAGUCGAGCUCAGCACGGCAUGUAUCUCAUUGGAAAUUCCGAAACAUACCUCAAUAUCCCAAUGUGGGCCGAUGUCCACUCUCAACUUGCCCACUCAAAUGCAGUCGGGACGGAGUUAGCUCUCUGUUGUCCUCGCCACCCAGACACACCUAUUCUUUGUUCUACACCCCACGACUUUGAGAGGCAGAGUCCUGAAGGUGGUGAAUCGGUUGAUGGACUGGUUGGGCUGGAUGAGGUAUACACGAGAGAUCAACAUGGAAAAUUUGACGGCCUCCGAGAUGUCUCUUCUUCUCUUGCCAGUGCCAUACCCUCGUGUCCAGACUGUAAGCAGCCCAUUCGCCAGUUUGUGACAAAACGCUACAAUCGUGUUAUCAACCGUGCUGUUAUGGACGAGACUUUGAAACGGUUCUUUGCCAAGGGUCGCGCCGACCUUGAGAGUCUUGAGUUGAGUCUGAAUGACAUCGAAGACAAGCUCAACUCAAAAGGUACAGUGCUUUCCACUAGAGAUGUUAAAUUACAGCUCUCAGAGCGACAUCAACCCUGUCAGAACAUCGCAACGAAGGCUUUGAAGCUCAGCAAAACCAUGGGAGCCGAGAAUCAGCCAAUGAAACGGCUGAUGGAUGCGAUUGCAAUCUACCAAAAGUCAACACAGGACGAUAUAGCCUCCCUCUCAGCUCGAAUGGAGGCGAUGAAUAUAGCAAAGCGAGAACCCGACAACCAGAUCACCCUCGGUGCACGGCUAAUUUUCAUCAAGGCUCAGCAAAUCAUGUUUGGCGAUAUCCUUAAAGUGAUGGAUUCUAGGGGAAGGUCGACAACACAACCACGGCUAAAAUUAAGCUUCACCAAGCGAUCAUCAGCCUUGAUUAAAUUGUUAGAGAAUUGCCGGGACUUGAUCACUCUAGCUAAUAAGAGAAACCUCUCUCGCAUCGUCAUCACAGCAACCAUCUCAUUUGCCACGAUAGUCCAGCUGGAUGCGUUGUCUCACCGCACUCAACCAGGAGAAACAACAAUUGACCCAGAUCUCAAAGAAAAGCACCCGGGUUUAGAGACGCUCGAGGAUAGCAGUGAAACCACCCGCAAUCUACUCACUGCUGCGUUGAAACUUUGCGAUGAAUUGGGGAACUUCCCUGAACUCCAAGAAAGGGUCCAGGAUAUGGCCCGCCUCUAUGAGGGACCGCGCUAA